AUGCGGCCAGGGGAGGCACCCUUGCUGACGGUGGUGUGGUUGCAGGACUACAAGGAGUUCAUAGAUGCGGAAUGCCUGGUGCCGGCGCCCGUGACCGAGGCCCCGCACCACAUAGAGCUCCGGCCUCUCAAGACGGAGGACGGAGGAGGAGCGUCGGGGGGCUGCACCGUCGACCUCGCUUCCAUGGACUCCACCGACACCUUCGCCUCGUGUCCCACCCACCCCUUCAACUCUCAGGCGGACCUCACCGACGACCCGCCCAAUAACAAAGAUUCGAACCUGUAUGUCAACCCUCUGGACGCCGACGGCUACCAGUCUCCCUCUUCCACGACCGCUGCUGCUGCGCCUUCCACCGCCACCGCGGCCGUGGGGCCUCGCACGCCCACGCCCAGAUCGUCGCCUCGCCACCGCGUGAUCCACCGCCCGCAGGCCUACACCACCGACUCCUUCGACGACACCCGCAGCACCGACAACCUCCUCGGAAGCAGCCGGUCCUCGCUGCAGGACUCGCCGCUGCCCAAACACCGCCGCGCGCGCUUCCAGGAGGAGAAGCCGCGUCCGUUCAGCCGUCUGCUGGAGUCUGUGGAGCGGGCCAGGGCUGCGAGGGAAGGUUCAUCUGCCGACAAGGCCAACAAGAUCACCAACAGAGGUCGUAGCGGUAGCAAAUCAUCGCUAGGCGGCGACUCGCUGGACUCGCGGCGCUCCCACGGCUCGCCCGAGCGGCGGAAGUCCAUCCUCAAGCACCGGGACCCGGAGACCGAGCAGCUGCUGCCUGACCUCACCUUCGAGCCUCCGCCGCCGGCAGGGGACCACGACAAACUGGGGCGCCCCUCCCUCAAGGGCAUCGGGCCCAGGGCGGGCGGAAAGCCUCACGCCCUCCCCGUCAAGUUCGUGGGCGUGGACGAGGAGGAGGACAGCAACCGCCCGCGCCGCACCCUGCCCCGCUCGCCCAUGCCACGGAGACACCCGCAGCGAGCGCCUCUGGCGGACUUGCUGGCGGACUUCGCGGGGCAGGAGAAGGCGGCGCGGGACGAGGCUACGCCCGAGAACAUUCUCAAGGACUCGCUUGAGCCCAAACUGGCGGCGACUCUCGACCAGCGCAACGCCAACCUGGUGCUACGCUGCUCCAAGGCGCCCUGCCUGUACAACCAACCUGCCUCCACCUCGCCCAUGGCCACGUCUCCUGACGAGGUUGGCGAGCCGCGACUCUGCCUGUGCGGGGCGCCCAUGACGCGCGUGGCGGCGCCCGCGCACGCCACCUCCGCGCCCUCCAAUGCCCUCCCGAACGCCCGCCCAGUCACCGAGAACUGCCUCAUGAUGGACGACCUCAACAACGGCCCGGCCACGCUGCGCGACAUCGACGACCUGUUGUUCGCGGACCACACGCCCACCGAGGAGACGCACCUCCUGGACCGCUCGCUCUCCAUCCCUCACAACGCCUCCGCCCUCAACACCUAG